AUGAAUGCCACAUAUUCUAUAUUCUUCUUUCAACUGCCGAUAAUGAACAGCACAGAGGAUCUGAAUGAAAGCAGCAUCCCGAGCAACAGGAGCAGCACAGGCUUCUGCGAGCAGGUCCCAAUUAAAGCUGAACUGUUUUUCACUCUGGGUAUCAUCAGCUUCCUGGAAAAUGUCUUGGUCAUCCUGGCAGUUCUUAAGAACAAAAACCUCCAUUCUCCCAUGUAUUUUUUCCUCUGCAGUUUAGCAGUGGCAGACAUGCUGGUAAGUGUAUCUAAUGCCUUGGAGACCAUUGUGAUGGCAUUUUUAAAGAACGGCUACUUAGUGGCAAAUGACCAGUUCAUUCAGCAAAUGGACAAUAUUUUUGACUCAAUGAUCUGCAUUUCUUUAGUGGCAUCAAUAUGCAAUCUGUUGGUCAUUGCCAUCGACAGGUACAUCACGAUCUUUUAUGCUUUGCGCUACCACAGCAUCAUGACAGUAAAGCGAGCUUUAAUUUUGAUCGUAGUUAUCUGGAUUGUUUGUAUUUUCUGUGGCAUCAUCUUCAUUAUAUAUUCAGACAAUCAAACUGUCAUCAUUUGCCUUAUCACCAUGUUCUUCACCAUGCUUUUCCUCAUGACUACUCUUUAUGUCCACAUGUUCAUGCAUGCUCGUCUGCACAUUAAAAGAAUCGCUACACUCCCAGUCACUGGCGUGGUCCGUCAGAAGACAUGCAUGAAAGGGGCCAUUACCAUUACUAUCCUGCUUGGGAUCUUUAUCAUCUGUUGGGCUCCUUUUUUCCUUCACCUCAUCAUGAUUAUAUCAUGCCCAAAAAACCCAUACUGUAUAUGUUACACUUCACAUUUUAACACAUACUUGAUCCUCAUCAUGUGCAAUUCAGUCGUUGACCCAAUUAUUUACGCCUUCCGGAGCCAAGAGAUGCGCAAGACAUUCAAAGAGAUCAUUUGCUGCUAUUGCAUGAAUCUCAGCUUUCGCUGCAAGUAG